CUCAAAAUUAAAAUAAAUAAUUUGUGGAAUGUAUCCAACAUCAAUUGAUUACCGUCUAAGGCCCAACGACAUGAAAUGGUAAUCAAAGAGAAAGCGAAAAAGUGACGGAAAAAAGAACAAAGUGAAUCGGCGUUAGUCUUCAUGCCGUCGGCUUUUUUCGCGCUCCUCGAAAAGCAGUCUUUCUGGUCCCCGUAGAAAAAUAGCACAACUCCAUUUCUCAUUCUCCAUUGUUCCCACUUCACUCCGAGGAAAGGAGGAGCUCAGCUCGUCUUUUUUUUCUGCGCAAAAGAUUGAAUUUUUAUGAUGGAGUCUCCGAGCCCCCUGCUGCGCCGGUACCGAAGCGAUCGCCGGAAGCUCCUCGAGUUCCUGCUGUCGUCGACCCUGGUCAGCGGGAUCAAAACUCCGGCGGGGCCCACGACCUCCUUUUCCAACAUCAAUUUUGAUUCUCUCAGCGCCGAUUACCUUCUUGAAUGCAUUCAAUCCGGUCGUGUGUUUGAUGUUUCUGAAGCAACAAAGAGAUAUUAUGACGAGUCUUCACAUCCAAUAAUGUGUCAUUUGCAGUCUGGAGAUUGUUUUUAUCUUCAUUCGGGUCCAGAAUCAGCUGGAUCCCCACCUAAUCAUUUUCCUCCAUCAAUCCCAACGAACCAAAGGGAUUUUGUUCAAUCCCACAAGUCCCAGGGGUUGAAGUAUACAGCUGGUCAUGAAUCAUUCAGAGACAUUCAAGAAACUAGGAUUGACCGCCAAUUAGUAGAAGAUCAAGAUGUGCACAAUAGAAGUAUGCUUUCAGUUGGAUUGCCAAAUCUUAAAACAGGUUUACGGGAUGAUGACUUACGGGAAUCUGCUUAUGAAGUGCUCCUUGCAUGUAUGCUAUUUUCCGGGGUAGAAAUCUACACAAUUGAAGGUAAUAGAAAGAGGGAAAAGAGUUCCAAGUUUCUAGCUGGGCUAAAGAGUAGAAAAGAUAAAAGGCAUAUAGAAUCUGAACCACCUCAACCUACUGAAAAACAUUUGAAGCUCCUGGAUAUAGUUCGCAUUUCAGAAGCUGCAGAUACAUUUAUUAGGCGAAGGUUGACGCAAUUUGCAAUGGGUAGAUCUUGCGGACAAAUUGACAUUCCACAGUUAUCAUUGGUGCUUUUGACUGGUUUAUCAAAAUUCGAUCUACCAAACGAGAAAUCAUACCAUCAUUGGAAGGACAGACAAGCAAAUCUUCUGGAAGAACUAGUUUCUUCUCAUCAUAAGAAGACCGAAAAACAGAUGAUCAAGGCUGCCCUUGCUAAAAUUAGAAACCCAGAGGAAUGGGAUGUUAAGAUGUCUCCUUCUGAUAGAAAUGCUGUUCUUUUAAGUAUUCGACAAGUUGCUCUGGCAUUUUCAUCUAAGCCCGGACAAUUUAUGAUGGAGGGAGAAACAUACUAUUGGACUGCUGCUUAUCAUUUGAACAUGAGACUCUAUGAGAAGCUACUCUUUGGUGUGUUCGACAUUCUGGAAGAUGGCCAAUUAAUAGAGGAAGCAGAAGAAAUCUUGAAGUUGUUGAAGAUGACAUGGUCAGUGCUGGGCAUCACAGAGAGACUCCAUCAUGCAUUAUUUGCCUGGGUGCUUUUCCAACAGUUUGUUGCGACCGAAGAGGCAGUACUAUUGGACUAUGCAGUUCAUGAAGUCGAGAAGGUUUUGUCUGCUGGAGGUCAUGAUGACAAAGAAAUGGCUUAUAUGAACAGCUUGACAUGUUCCACUAGUGGCAAUGCAAAUAGAUUGAAUUUGCUUCAAUCUAUUUUUUUGUCAACUAGCACAUGGUGCGACAGUAAAUUGCUGGAUUAUCAUCUACAUUUCAGUCAGAAACCGUCGUUCUUCGAGAAAGUGUUGACAAUUGGUUUGUCUACUGGGAUAAAAGGUUUUGUUCCUCUUGGAAAUAUCCAGUUUACAGGAUCUUGCCAUCCUAAUGACGCUGCUGCUAGAAAGAUCAGAUUGUAUGUAGAGAAAACUAUGGAUGCUGCAUGCAAUAGGGCCAUCGGUCUUUCAACUAAAGGGUCUGGAAAAGAUAAGAUACAUCCACUGGCUGUACUUGCUAGUGAACUAAGAUUAGUUGCUGAGAAAGACCUCUCUGUAUUUAGCCCAAUUCUUCGACGUUGGAAUCCUGAUUGUACUAUGGUCUCAGCCAAAAUAUUGCACCAAUUUUAUGGUGAAAGAUUGACACCAUUUAUCAAUGAUAUCACAUGCCUCACAGAGGGUGUCAGAAAAGUGCUUCCUGCAGCUUAUGCAUUGGAAAACUGGCUAAUUAAACUUUAUUCAUCAUCUUGUGAAGAAAGCCAUUCGCAUUAUGGCCCAGAAUUGGAGCGUUAUCCGAUUGCUGAAAUUUCCAAGUCUGUCGUACUUGACUGGGUAGUUUCACAACAGGAACGAAUUCUAGAAUGGGUUGGACGUGCUUUUGACCUUGAGAACUGGGAACCUUUAUCGGCUCAGAAAAAGCAGGCAGCUUCAGCAGUUGAAGUGUUUAGGAUCAUAGAAGAGACAGUGGAUCAAUUUUUCGACUGGAGUAUCCCAAUGGACAUCACUCAUUUGCAAGCUCUAUUAUCUAUAAUUUUUCACAGCCUGAACACGCAUAAAUUGUAUCCUUCUGCUCCUCCGUUGACUCGUUACAAGGAAGCGACAUUUCCUAUUCUCAAGAAAAAGGUGGCAGAGAGUUCUGUCAUAGAUAAUGAAAUAUACAGCAAUUUGGAAGAAUUGACAGCUUCCAAGCUAUGUGUCAGACUGAACACUUAUCAAUAUAUUAAAAAGCAAGUUGAUGUACUUGAAGAAGGCAUCAGGAAGUCGUGGAAAUCCAUCGCAUCAUAUCAAAUGGAAAGGCAGUCAAGAGAUAACAUUCCUGAGACACCAGAGACGAAAGAUGUGAAUGGUGAAUCAGUUUCUGAGCUUUUCGUUGCAACACUGGACAUCAUCAGGGAUUCUGCUGCUGAUGCCAUUAGAAGGACAAGAACCAGAAUUGUGUUUUGGGAUAUGAGAGAUUCAUUCUUGUCAUACUUGUAUCAUAGCAGUGUCGAUGGCAAUCGCUUGGACAGUGUACUUCCAGAAUUUGAUAAAGUCCUCAAUAAUGUAUGUAGAUUGAUCGAUGAUUCGAUCAGAGAUCCAGUGGUAUCAAGCAUUUGGAAGGAAGCAAUGGAAGGAUUUAUGUGGGUUUUGCUUGAUGGAGGUCCGUCACGUGCGUUUUCAGAUACAGAUGUUACCCUGAUUGAGGAAGAUUUCAAUAUGUUAAAGGAUAUGUUUGUAGCUGAAGGGGAAGGCCUUCCUCGUUCAUUGGUCGAGAAGGAAGCAAAAUCUUAUAAUAAAAUUCUGAGCUUGUUUUCCCUUCCGACUGAAUCAUUGAUCCAGAUGCUGAUGGCAUCAAGUGAGCAUAUUUCAGUUGGUGUGACCAGUUAUAAAGGUGGUCAACGGUAUAAAGGUGAUGCCCACACUUUAAUACGCAUACUAUGCCACAAGAAAGAUAGCGAAGCCUCAAAGUUCUUAAAAAGACAAUAUCGGCUUCCAUCAUCGUCUGAAUAUGAUGAGUGUGCAGAGGAGAAUUCAUCAAGUUUCAGUUCACCACUUGUUGCUGAUCUCUUGAAAAGAAGCGCUUCCUUUCGUUGGUCUGAGAAAGGUCAGAGCAGCUUCAGAUCUAUAACUAAGAGAUUUCAAGAGGCCAAAUGGAGAUAAAUGGAAAAGAAAAGAACAAAACAAAAAUAUCAGCAUGGUGAUAAAGUAUUUUCUGAAUUAAUUGUGGGCUAAAAGCAAUUUAUUGUCUUCCGAGCUAAAGAAGUCUGCAAACGGCCAGAGAGGACACACUUGGAUGCAUUUGCUAUAUUUUAAGAAGCUUACAAUUGACAACGUUACGAAUCAUGAUGCCAUUUUUGGUCAAAGGUCAAAAAGUUUAAUCUGGAAUGAGAGAGCGUGCCGGCAGUUUUCAGAAGUUGGCAACGAGGAGCCAUUUUACCGAUUUAAUUUUUUAUUUGAAAAUGAAGUAGGAAGUGAAGUGCUUGCCUUCACAUACGUUCAGUAGAUGCCAACUCUUUGGAAUUUCUCUUUUCUGGGAAUUAUUAUCAAGCCAAGUUUUGGGUGAGAAUUUGAUCCAUUUUUGUCAGAGCAAGUUUUCCUUGCCGGUUUAUCUUAUAAAUGAACUGCUUUUCUUAUCACUUAUGGGUGCAUAAUUGGUUAUGAUUCUUGAUUUUAAUUUCGGGCACAAAUUGUUCUAUGGCAUAAAUUUAUAGCGUCUCUGUUUCAAAGUUUCGAG